GCCUUGUCUGGGCAUGUUGGGUACUCUGCACCCAGCACCUUGGAGCUCAGCUGGGGUGGGAGGGGCAUUAAAGAGUCUCUGUGAGGCCGCCCAACACCCUACGUCUCUCUGUUACCGUCUAAAGUCCCAAAUUACAGUUGAGGAAAUUGUGUUUUAUCCACGUUAAAGUGACAAGUUGUUUAACCUCCAGUCAGACAGCUUCCUCUUCCUGGAAAUUCAAAUAGAGGCUGAUCCUACCUCUCGGAGUUGGUAUAAAGAUCACGUGGGGCUGUGAAUGUGACCUACAAGUGGCUGAGCUAUACACUAGGGGUUCAUGUUAACCAGGCCAAACAGAUGCUGUAUGAUUAUGUUGAAAGGAAACGGAAGGAAAAUUCAGGAGCCCAACUGCAUGUCACCUAUUUGGUGUCUGGCAGUUUCAUUCAAAAUGGACAUUCUUGCCACAAGGUUGCAGUAGUGAGAGAAGAUAAAUUAGAAGCAGUGAAGUCCAAGCUAGCUGUGACUGCCAGCAUCCAUGUGUACAGCAUCCAGAAAGCUAUGCUAAAGGACAGUGGGCCUCUGUUCAAUACCGACUAUGACAUCCUUAAGAGCAACUUGCAGCACUGUAGCAAGUUUAGUGCCAUACAGUGUGCAGCUGCAGUCCCGAGAGUCCCUACAGAAUCCUCAUCUUCCAGAAGGUUUGAGCAGUCAAAUCUUCAGGCAUCAAAUGAGACACCAAGCAGUAAUGAGCUGCCGACCACCAAUGGUCAUGGCCCACCUCCCUCCAAACAGGUUUCCCAGCACCCCAAAGGAAUUAUGGGAAUGUUUGCUUCUAAAGCUGCUACGAAAGCCCAAGAUACCAACAAGGAAACCAAAACAGAGGCUAAAGAAGUAACAAAUGCAUCUUCAACUGGCAGCAAAGCCUCCGGAAAAGGGAAUAUGACCAAUUUUUUUGGAAAAGCUGCUAUGAAUAAACUUAAAGUCAGUUUGGACUCUGAACAAACAGUGAAAGAAGAAAAAAUAGUGGCACAACCUCCAGUGUCUGUCACUGAACCAAAACUGGCAACUCCUGCAGACCUGAAGAAAUCCAGCAAAAAAGCAGAGCCUGUUAAGAUGCAGCAGAAGGAAAAAAAAUGGGGGAAGCGAGUAGAGUUAUCUAAUGAUGAACCAAAGGAAACUGGAAAUGUGAAGAAAAAGAGGAGAAGAAUCAAACUUCCUCAGUCUGACAGCAGUGAAGAUGAAGUCAUCCCAGACUCUCCUGGAGCUUACGAAGCUGAGUCACCAUCCCCACCUCCUCCUGUAUCUCCACCUCCUGACCCAGUGCCAAAGACGGCGCCUGAGCCUCCUUCUGACAAGAACUCAAGUGGAGAAAACAAAAGAAAACGAAAGCGUGUAUUGAAAUCUAAAACCUUUUUGGAUGUGGAAGGCUGCAUGGUGACUGAAAAAUUCUAUGAAAGCGAAUCUUGCACUGAUAGUGAAGAGGAGCUUAAGACAAAGACAUCCUCUGGACACAGACCCCCUGUCAUGACUGUGAAAAAAGAGCCCAAAGAGGAACGAAAGAACUCCAAGAAAGGGACUGCUGCUCUGGGCAAAGCCAACAGACAAGUAUCCAUUACUGGCUUCUUCCAGAGGGGAGCUAAGCUGCCACCUCUGGCAGGUCAGAGACUCAGAGUGGUAGAAGACGACCAGGAAGUGUAGGCUGUCACUUACGUGCAAGUCCAUCUGUCAUCGGCUUCUGGCCUCACCCGCAUUGAGAGACUGUCCUUCCAUCCUGUGAAGUUUAUGCUGUUUCUGCUUUUUAACCUAAAGGGAGUCACCUAGAAACAGAAGGCAAAAGAAUGUUUAAAAAGCCGUUACCUUCUAAUGACAUUUAAAAAGCACAAACUUAGAAGACUGCACUCAGAAUUAAAUCCAGACAAGUACAGAUUUCCCCACUCUGCCGGCUCACUGCUGACUUCUUACUGCUCAGGAAAAUCCCUUCAGAUUCCUCUGCACUCUGUGAACUUGUGUAGAUGUGUUUAUCCCUGAAUUCUACCGAAUGUGUUUAUUCUCCCCAACCUUCUCUCCUGACUGUGACACUUCUGUCCCCUAGUCCCAUAAAACUGUUUUCUGUACAUUUUUAAAUUUUGGUUGAACUAAAAGCCAAAACAAAAAUCUUCCCGGGAUCCUCUUCUUCCAUUAUAGAGUACACUGACACCUGGCUGCAGACCAGGCCGUGGCUUAUGUUUUGCCCCUUUCCCAAAAGCUCUCUAGACCUUUGCUUGCUUUUAGUGGUUAGGGAAAGCCUCAGGCAGAGAACAAAUAGAAAUUUAGUGAUGUAUCCAGCUUCACCAGAAAUUACUGGGAGUCAGCACGGUGAUGAAGGAGCUGUUGUGUUGCUGAUAUGGGGCUGUGUGCUGUGCCUUUGUGGUUUCCUGCUGCCCCCUGUUAGUGCCUGGAGAGCGAAACUGUACAGUGAGAUGAAGAUUGAAAAGGAGAAAUGCUUCUACAUGCAUUGUACAACAUUGUAUAGAAUUUUUCCCUCAAGGAAAUGGAAUGUUCAGAAACAGCAGUUUCAAGGGAAGUUAAUUAACGAAGAAUUUAGGGCACAUAUUUAUAUACAGAUGUUAGUCCUUUGUAUUUUCAACUCCUCAUCUGCCUGACAGUACAGGUGUCCAAAAAAGAGAUGGAGAGGCUGAGUGAUUAGUAGGUCGUAACAGUAGAUAUUUUUUCUUUGUACACACUUAGGGGAAAUCAUUUAUUCCACUAUCUUUCAAGCAACUUUCAGAGCGGCUGAACAGUAGGAUCUUCAGUAAGAUCAGUGCGUAGAGGCAGUGUGGCCGCGAGCAGCACAGUGAGCUCUGGGAAAGGGAACACAGGCUCAACUGCUGACGUAACUCACCCAGAGCAGACAAAGGACGUCUGACCCACUUCUUCAGUCCUAGCCUGGUACAUGUCGUAAGUGAUGCAGUCAGCUGUCGGCUGUUGAAGAUUAGGAUUGUAACUGACUUUGGGAUUCAAACAAGCUUCUUUAGCAUCAGAGUGUGAACUUUAUUAAAAGGCCAGAGGCUUGGUCCUGGCAUUAUGUGUAGGACUUAAGAAGGGAGAGGUUUUGUAUAGUAAGCCAAGUGAAGGCUGACAUACUCCAAACCCCUUUUUGUUUAGAAUGAAAAAGAGUGGAAAGCCUGGACUUAAAGCUUGACAAAAACUUUUGGGGAAGAAUCCCUUUUAAAUGGUUAUUUUUGUCAUUGCCUCUAGACAUUUUUUUCUAAAUAGGAAUGGAAAAUUAAAAAGCAACAAUCCAGUCUUUUUUUAAAAAAAAAAUAUUAUGCUGGGAUCUCUAAUAAAACUGAAUUUGAAUUGGAAAAAUCUGGUGUGAGUUGGAAUUCCAGCUUUCAAAGGAUAAUGCAAGUCCUGUGAUCUCUGUGCCCAUCAUGCUUCCUAAACUGUCUGCAAGGCUUAGUGAGUGUUGAGCAAUGAUAUAUUUUUUUUUAAAUAAAGGACUCUACCAUGUUAUCCACAUGCGUUAAAUAAAUUUGAGGAGUUAUUUUAAAGGGA